AUGUUGAUUGAUAACAGUAGUAGGAUCAUAUUGUUCCCUAAUGAGGCACAAGAUCAGAACCAAUCAUUUAAAGUGAUACGAUUACCAAUUGCUAAGAAUCUUAGUGAGACCAAACCAUAUUUACUUACUGACGAUAAUAUCUAUGAAUUAAAUGAAAUCAAAGGAGUGAAUCCUUACGAUGGGAAUAAAGAGAAUUUACCAUUCUUGAAGAAUGGAGAUCCUGUCAAAUCAUAUAUUUUUGAAAAUGGCGAUGAACAAGGAGGGAUCUUACAAUCUAGUUCAUUGAUUGUAAGUAACAAGUUCAAUGUGAUAUAUUUAUUACUCUCCAUCAUCCUUAAAUAUGAAUCAUCAUUCACUAAGAACUAUAUCACCAUCCAUGAUUUCAUCGAUAAAGUUUCAAGUUUAUUUCCUGACAUACCGUUUGAAUCGAUUCCUAUAAGGUUAUAUACCAAUGCAUUACUUCUCAUAAGUGAAGAGAUUGAAGAGAAUGAUGAAUUCUUUUAUAAAUUUGAUAAAUCAAAAGCAUUGGAAUAUAUCAAUAAUAAAGUCAAAGCCUUACAUGAAUAUAUAUCCAACGAUAAGUCUUCUACUUCGAUAGUUACUCAUUUAAAGGGGAAAUUAUUUGAUCAUAAUAACGCAUUACCUAUUCAAAAUAUCAUUAAUCUUUUAAGUUUACAUUAUGCCAUUGAUUUCAUAAUUGAUUCAUAUUUGAAUGAUGAGAAGGAUCAAUUCAAACAGACUUUGAUCGACCAGUUUAAAUACGACUUCAAACCAUUGAAUGAUUAUUUACAAACGUUAUCUUCUAAUCAAAAGAAUUUAAAAGUCAUUGAAGAUAAUUUACAAUCUAUAGUACAAUCAACUCAUAAUGCUUCUACUAAUACCAAGAAACCAGCCACCACAGCAGCAUCUAAAAAGAAACCAGUUAAGAAAGUGGCCAUUGGUAAGGGGGCAUUAGAUGGAUUCUUUAAACGGGCAUCAUAG